UUGAAAAUGAAAUUUCUAAUCCUAUUGACAUAGUCUUAUUAUAAUUAUGACCAAGUCACAAAGUCUCUCUGUGUGGUGGCUAUGAGUAUCAUUUGAUUACAACGAUCUGAUUGGACCAGUGCGCAGCCUCAUCUGCAUGUGAUGUCAUCUGCUGCUCUGGCUGGGGAGAGACUCGGAGGUCCGAGAGAGAGUCAGCGAGAACGAGCGAAAGAGAGAGGAAUAAAACAGUAGCUGUGUCAUCUUAAGUAACGGAAAGUGGUGAUACAGACGUAUUCAACACCAGCCUCUUCGUUCUAACGGGAAAAUGACACUAUAAUGCCCCUGUGCGCGACCAUCACUAGCCGCAAAAGAGAAGCCCGGCGCAUUCCCGUGUUGAUGUGAGGACGUCUGCGUGGUACUGAAAAGUCUCAGACCAUGAACUACGUGGGUCAGCUGGCGGGCCAGGUGUUGGUGCAGGUGAAGGAGCUGUACCGCGGGCUGAACCCGGCCACACUGUCCGGCUGCAUCGAUGUCAUCGUGGUGCGCCGGCCCGAUGGCUCACUGCACUGCUCACCCUUCCACGUCCGCUUCGGCAAGAUGGGAGUCCUGCGCUCCCGAGAGAAAGUGGUGGACAUCGAGAUCAACGGGGAGCCCGUGAGCCUGCACAUGAAGCUGGGGGAGAACGGAGAGGCCUUCUUUGUGAAGGAGACGGAGAACAAUCAGGAAGUGGUUCCCGCGUACCUGGCCACCUCGCCCAUCCUCUCUGACGGAGGGUCUCUGAUGGGGGGAGGCGCGCUGCAGAUGUCCUCCAUGGGCUGCGGAGGAGGAGAGAGCGGGCCGGGGAGCAUGAAGAAGAGGAGGAAGAGGAGGAGGAAGUCGAAGGUGGACAGCGUGAAGAGAGAGGGCAGCGCUGAGUACUCGGAGGACGAGGACAUGUUCACCAUCGACAUGAGCUCCAACGAAGGAGAGGAGCAGGGCAAUGGCAGGAACUCACUGCGAGACAUGAUGACUAAUGGAGGCACAUCCAGCAGCACUUUUAAGCCGACCACUGUGUACGCUUGUUCAGAUGGGGACUGGAGCCCUAUUCAGAGCCCAGGGACAUCCAGGCCCUCCUCCCCUAAGAGUGACUCAGAGCUGGUCACAAAGCAGUCUGAGUCCAAGCAGGACAAUCCGGCCAUGCUGUGGGCCUGGGGAGAACUGCCCCAGGCUGCCAAGCCGUCUUUCCUUCCUCCAAAGCCAGGGCCGAACAGCCCGGCCGUGUGCCCUGUGUCUAUCCCUGUGUCCGAGAACACGCACUUCAGGGUCAUUCCACAAGGGGGCCACAGGGCGCAUGGAGAAAACCACACAAACAAUCACCUCAAGCUGUUCAUCCCCACGGCAACCACAGCCGCCAUGGAGACAGCACCCACGAGGUCAUCAUUGUCGGAACACCAGGAGAUGGAGACCGAGAACAUAAGGCCCCAAUCUGAUCCAAUGAACAUCGAGCCAGAGCAGAAAGGGCGGGACGAUGAGACGUUAAAGAGGGAGGCUGAGCCAAUGGGAGCAGCCGCUGCACGUAUGCUGUCAGAGCUGGAGGAGGGCGGGAAUAGAGUUGGACCACGCCCUCUUAGCAAGACAGACUCACCCUCUAAGCGUAAAGACAAGAGGAACCGCCAUCUUGGCUCUGAUGGUGUUUACCUGGAGGACCUCACAGAGCUGGAGCCUGAGGUGGCAGCACUGUACUUCCCUAAAAGUGAUGCCAGUGGCCCAGUGCGUGGUGGGGAGAACGGCAUCUGCAGCCCCAGCAUGUCCCCCCAGUCCGUGGGCAGCUCAGGGGCUGACAGUGGCGUGGACAGCUUCUCAGACCAGAUGGGAGACCUGCCUGCUAUCGCCAUCUCUCUGUGUGGAGGACUAAAUGACAACAGGGAGAUCACCAAAGAGCAAUUCCAGGAGAAGGCUCUCUCCUAUCAGCAGUUUGCAGAGAAUCCCUCCCUAAUAGAUGAUCCCAACUUGGUGGUGAAGAUCGGCUCAAAGUAUUAUAACUGGAGCACCGCUGCCCCUGUCAUGCUCGCCCUUCAGGCCUUCCAGAAGCCUCUGCCCAAGGCCACAGUAGAGAGCAUCAUGAAGGAGAAGAUGCCCAAGAAAGGUGGCCGCUGGUGGUUUUCCUGGCGCAGUCGGAGUAGCACUAAAGCGGAUUCUGUAUCAGAACAUGGUACCUGUGUGAGUGCAGACCAGGCUGGCAAGAUGGCUGCCAUGAACAGAAGAAAGGAAGAGUCAUCAUCCAGUGAUGAGGACCACCAAACUGCCAAGCAGACCCCAACCAUCCAAUCAGAGCCCUUGCUCACUCCAGGGGGUGUGUCUUACAAGAAAACACUCCGCCUCUCCUCCGAACAACUUGCCAGCCUGCAGCUGAAGGAUGGUCCAAACGACGCGGUGUUCAGUGUCACCACGCAGUACCAGGGCACUUGCCGCUGCGAGGGCACCAUCUACCUGUGGAACUGGGAUGACAAGAUAGUCAUCUCCGACAUCGACGGCACUAUCACCAGGUCUGACACACUUGGACACAUCCUACCAACUCUGGGAAAAGACUGGACCCACCAGGGCAUCGCCCAACUCUACCACAAAAUCAGCCAGAAUGGGUAUAAGUUCCUGUACUGCUCGGCGCGGGCCAUUGGUAUGGCGGACAUGACGCGUGGCUAUCUGCACUGGGUGAACGAGAGGGGCACCAUGUUGCCUCAAGGCCCAGUGCUGCUCAGUCCCAGCAGCCUCUUCUCUGCACUGCACAGGGAAGUGAUUGAAAAGAAACCAGAGAAGUUCAAAGUGGAGUGUUUGACUGACAUCAAGAACCUCUUCCACCCAAACACACAGCCCUUCUACGCUGCCUUCGGCAAUCGACCUACGGACGUGUACUCCUAUAAAGAGGUGGGGGUUCCCCUCAACAGGAUCUUCACUGUCAACCCAAAAGGAGAGCUGGUGCAAGAGCACGCCAAGGCUAACGUGUCCUCGUAUGUGCGUCUGGGUGAGGUGGUGGACCACGUCUUCCCUCUGCUGUUGAGAUCCAGCUCCUCAGAUUUCCCCUGCUGUGACACCUACAGCCACUUCACCUACUGGAGGGAACAGCUCCCCCUGGUGGACAGCCCAGAACCACACCUAGAAACAGGCAGCAGCUGAGCCCUUGCCUGUUGGAGAGACCAAUUAUGGAGUAAUCACCCUCCAUCACUGUUACCUGAUCAGUUCUGCAACGGCUCAACCCUGACACACACACACACAGUCUCACACACACACACACACACACACACACACAUCCCAUAUCCUGAAUAAUUCAUCCUAGUUCUUUUCAAUGACACCUCCGGGGGACGUUCUCUCUCCACCUUUAAAGUAUUUGUGUUUGUGUUUGUGUGUAAGCUUGUACAUUUUGAUUUCCUGACAUAGAUAUAUUUUGAUACAGAGGUAAUGAUGAUGGAAAAAGACAAAAAAAAAUCUCUGAUCAGAUACAUUCUACUUUCUCUUAAAGACUCUUAUGCUGACAUCAUGGUGAUGAGAGUGUAUGUAUAUGUGUGUGUGAGAACACCUGACCACCUCCACCAGGGGUCAUCAUGAAAAUAAGAUUCUAUGAUAUGUUAUAACAAUAUGUAUGUAUGGCCCUUCACACAUACACAUACACAUGUUUUGUGCCAAAUCGUUUUUUUUUGUAUAUGCUGCAAUUGAUAUAACUUAAUUAUAACUUGUUAUUUAAAUAACCUUGAGGACUGUUACUGCUAUGCUAUGGGAACAGUGUUUCCUCAGAUUGUAAACUGCUGGAGCUUAAAAAAAAUCUACAUUCUAUACAGAAAAAAACAACAAAAAUCAAUAUUUAGAGAGUAAGUUACCUCGCUUUCCUUGUUAAAAAAAGGUCACAUAGUUUUAUAAAGUGUGUAUCAGGCAUUGUGUUGCACUCCCCUUCUAUAUUAUGAAGUGUACCCUAUCAAACCACAUAGACUCCAUUAUCUUCUACCAACCAUUUAAAGCACCAGUGCCAUUUCCAAACUCCUCAUUCUGGCCCAGUCAAGCAGCCAGUCUGAACACAGCGAAACUGAAGCGUGCUGAAUUGAAAUGCAAAACCCAUGUGUCUGUGUGUGAAGUCCCUGAAACCUCUUGAAAUCUGCUGCACUGUAACUUAGCACAUGUGAUCACAAAGACAACAAGCUUCCUGUCAAACUUGUAUUUCUGUUGAUUUGUAAAACAUCCAGUGCUAGUUUGUUCAAUCUUGCGUUUAUGACUGUGUGUGUGUGCCUUUUGAAUGACUCUGAUGCACAGCUUCGAUGGCAUAUGAUUUAGAUCAUGUAACUGGAUAUUUCUGGAUUUGAUGGCUUGUCUGUUUUGUUUUCAUGUUUUGUGUAAAACAGUUCUUCACAGACUUCUCAGAUGAAUAGAGUCUGCACUAAAGACAUUGAGUGCAUUGAUUUUUUGACUGAGACAUUAUAACAGGCUUGGGUGUCACUAAAGCAUCACUUUGCACUGACCUUGAGAGAAAACAACAACUUUAUGAAGUAAUAAUGAGAGGUAGCUUUGUGAAAACAAUAAUGUUAUAUUGGUGAUGUUACAAGAGGGUUAUUGAUUACCUUCAUGUCUGUAUGUAGGUAUGUAUGCUCAACUGUUUUAGCUUAGUACGGCUAUGGUCCCUACCUGUUCAAGAUCUGUCACUGAUCAUCUUUACGAAGAAUUUUAAGAUGGUUAUUUCUUUAAUUGAGGAGCAUACCUGUACUUUACUCUCUGUUGUUUCUGUACAUUAAGAUUUUUUUUAGAUAGCUAUGUGUGUCUCCUGAUGACGAUACAUUGUGUCAUAUUCUUUCUAUGAAAGAGCAUCUAAAAGUGUGCUUUUAUAUGGCCACUGUGCUGGCUCCUUUGAGUGAUAUAAUCUUGCAUGCCAUUCUUGAGUGGGUGGAACUAGUGAGAUAUAUUUAAAGUGCAGCCACGUAUAUGUCUGUUAGUAUUAAUGUCAAUAAAAUGUCUUUGUAAACAUA